AUGGGUUACUUCGUUGACUCCGAGAUCGUCACCACGGAUUGGUCCUUCGUGAAGAAAGACAAGGCCAGUGUCGAGUCAUACUGCAGCUCUGAUACUUCGGAUACUACCCACGACCCCAAUCUUCAGCUUCCGAAGCACGUCGCCGAUUUCUUCUCGGGAGUCGACACCAGAGGGUAUCCCCAGAAGGAAACCAUGGCUCCAAAGGCUCAACCAUGGGUUCAAAUCUGGGAUGGUAUCGUGGAGCCUGACAGCAAUGGCGAGCUGUUGGUUGCCUGCCCAAAGAAGUGCGACUUCGGUGAGUAG